AUGGGUAUUGCACGUGAUUCUCGUCACAAGAGAUCAGCUACUGGUGCCAAGAGAGCCCAGUACAGAAAGAAGAGAAAGUUCGAGUUGGGAAGACAGCCAGCUAACACCAAGAUUGGUGCCAAGAGAAUCCAUGCCGUUAGAGUUAGAGGUGGCCACCUCAAGUACAGAGCUUUGAGACUUGAGACCGGUAACUUCUCAUGGGCCUCAGAGGGUGUCUCCAGAAAGACGAGGGUUAACACUGUUGUCUACCAUCCUUCCAGUAACGAGUUGGUCAGAACUAACACUUUGACUAAGGCUGCUGUUGUUCAGAUUGAUGCUACUCCAUUCAAGCAGUAUUACGAGUCUCACUACGGUGUUGCUUUGGGAAAGAAGGGUAAGGCUGCCGAUGACUCCAAGAAGUCCAAGAGCUUGCAGAAGAAGCUUGCUGCCAGAGCUAAGUUCUCAAAGAUUGAGCCAGCAGUUUCUUCUCAGUUCGGUUCCGGUAAGUUGUACGCUGUUAUCUCUUCGAGACCAGGUCAGUCCGGUAGAUGCGAUGGUUACAUUCUAGAAGGUGAAGAGUUGGCCUUCUACUUGAGAAGACUCACCACCAAGAAAUAA